GAUCGGCCUCCCCAGCGCGCCCGGGAGCGGCGGCAGUCCCCUUCCCGCGGUCUGGAGCCGAGUCAGAUUUUUGGAAACUUGCAGAUCUACURUAGGCAACAAGCUUAACCACUGUAGUGAUUGAGGGCUGAGAAAUGUAAAAACUCCACAAACAGUCUAGGAAACCAGGAGGAUCUUUUCCUGUAACAAUGGCAGCAAAAUCAUCACUCCUUAAAGUAAUACUGCUAGGAGAUGGUGGAGUUGGGAAGAGUUCCCUUAUGAACAGAUACGUCACCAACAAGUUUGAUGCACAGCUGUUUCAUACAAUAGGUGUGGAAUUCUUAAAUAAAGAGUUGGAAGUCGAUGGACAUUUUGUUACAAUGCAGAUAUGGGACACWGCAGGUCAGGAACGGUUUAGGAGCUUGCGGACUCCUUUCUAYAGAGGUUCUGACUGUUGCCUGCUAACCUUCAGCGUGGAUGACUCGCAAAGCUUCCAAAACUUAAGCAACUGGAAGAAAGAAUUCAUUUAUUAUGCAGAUGUCAAGGAGCCUGAAAGUUUUCCAUUUGUGAUACUGGGUAACAAAGUUGAUAUUGAUGAAAGGCAAGUGUCUACMGAAGAAGCCCAAGACUGGUGCAGGAAUAAUGGCAACCAUCCAUAUUUUGAAACMAGUGCAAAAGAUGCCACUAAUGUUGCAGCAGCCUUUGAAGAAGCUGUUAGAAGAGUUCUAGCCUCUGAAGAUAGAUCAGAUCACUUUAUUCAAACAGAUACAGUAAACCUUCAUCGGAAACCAAAACCCAGCUCAUCCUGUUGUUGACUUAAAUUUUUUUGCCAAAUUACUGUUGACUAGCUUGCUCUAUAAAAAAAYGGGGAAGGUGUAGUAGAUAAAAUAACAAAUGGGUUUCACUCUAAUAUUAAAAUCAUAAUAUUCUGCUGCUUUCAUGGGGGAGAAAAAGAAAAAUCUCCAUUCAUGAGUGACCUGUUACUGAAUUAGUGAUGCUUUCUGUUUAGGAAGAUGUCAAGUAAAAAAAUAAUAUAAGAAUGUAAUUUGCCAACUUYAUUCAAAUGAUAAAUACUUUGAAUAUAAUUAAAACUUGAAAGUUCUAGAAGCACUACUUUUGAGAAGCUGUUCUGGAAUUCAGGCACAAAGAUACUUUUAUAUGUCUAUAUUUUUAUGAAAUCGGCAUUCCACUUUUGUYUUGUUAGAUGUCAGUUUCCUAACAAUGCUAGAUAUUAAACUUCAGUCUCACUACAUUCCUUUUGCUGUGAGUGGUACUUCAUCUCUAAUGUGGUUAUUGUAAGUUAAUAUAAAUUACCUCCAGAACUUCUAAUUGCCUAAUGUUGCUGUAAUUUUUGUAGGUUUUUAAGUAGGAAAUAAAUUUCCUACUCAUGUCAUGUCCUUUUUCAUCUACUACUCUAAUGCUGCACUAAUUUUUCCAGUGGUUUAAUGCAAAAUACCAAUCAUUUUUAAAGUUAAUGUGUGUCUUUGCCUUAAGUCCAUUCUAGCAUGUUUCUGAUCAAUAAGGUAAAAAAAAUCUGAAUAACUGAAGUAUAACAAUUUUUUUAAAAAAUGGUUUAUUCAGUCAGCUUUAAUAGCACUUAAAAGGAUUCACAUUAUGACAGUUUUUUAGGAAAACUUUUAGUGUACAGCCUUAAGUUUCAAAUGUCUUGUUCCUGUUAACCUGAGCUAUGAAUGUGUUUACCAGUAAUAUCUGCACUGUGAUAUUAAGGAUUGGCAAUACGUAGAGAACUCAGGAAGCUCUUGACUUACAGUAGAUUUUUGACAGCUUUCAGCCCUAAUACAGAUAUAUAACUAUAGACAGUGUUUCAGAUGAAUUUGAUCCUUAUUUAAAUUGCUAUUUUAGGAUAUGGACUUGUACAUUUAAGAUAAUGUCUUUUGUAUCACUGAAUUCAUUUCAUAAUGAUGAACAGAAGGAAACUGUUUAAUGGACUGUCUUUUUUGCAGUCAUGCAGACAAAACCACAGGUGUAUCUGAGGCUUUCAGGUGCAGUUUGAGUGGUAAAAUACUUGUAUGAGAAAUUGUUCAAUAUUGGCUCUCAGAGUAACCACUCUUCUUGCAAUAGCAAAAUUGUAAUCUGACUGCUAACAGGCACACAUGUGAGAAAGGAAGUCUGAGGCUGCAGGACAGGUCAUGUAAUUAAUUAAACAACUGCUUUCUGUACAGCAACCUUUUUGUUCCAAUAGAAGUCUGUCUUGAGAGUACAUUGCCAGCAAGCAUUUUAUCUUAAAAAUAUCUGAUCAAUCAGUACCAGGUGUAAUUAAUUUGGAAGUAAAGCUUGAAAAA